CAGGCACGUCGCCGUGCACAGCGGUCGCCUCUGCAGCUGCUUGCUGAAGAAACAAGGUAGGUCAGAGUCUUUGAAGAUAUUCUCUUGAUAAUGGCUUCGCCUACAUCCCUGUUCAGGAGCUGCAGGAACUUGUUCUUUGCUAAAAUGGCUAUAAUCUGGUUUGCCCAUGAUUGCUGAAGAAACAUUCUUCAGACAGACUCCUACUAACAGACUAACAUCUGUUUAGAGCAUGUAUGGCUGAUACAAUGGGGAAAUGGCAGCAGCCAAAAAGUUAGCAGGAAGACUUUGGGGGCUUUGCAUCUCAGAUGCCGGUAUUUUGUGUGAUGAUGGUCUGCAACGAGACUCCUACGGACACGACGUUCGUUGUCCUGAACGCAAGUGCCCAGCUCACAGGCUCCAGUUACCCAGCCUUGCCAAUCCCACUCAGGAUGCUGUUGGCCAUAAUAAUGCUAUUCAUGAUUGCCAUUGGAUUCCUAGGCAAUGCCAUUGUCUGCCUGAUUGUCUACCAAAAACCAGCCAUGCGUUCAGCUAUCAACCUGCUUUUAGCGACUUUGGCUUUCUCUGACAUCAUGUUGUCUUUGUUCUGCAUGCCUUUUACUGCAGUUACGAUCAUUACAGUGAACUGGAACUUUGGGGCUCACUUCUGCCGAAUAUCAGCUAUGCUCUACUGGUUCUUCGUCUUGGAAGGUGUAUCUAUACUCUUGAUUAUUAGCGUGGACCGGUUCCUAAUCAUUGUCCAGCGCCAAGACAAACUGAACCCUCACCGUGCCAAAGUCAUGAUUGCCAUUUCUUGGGCCUUUUCUUUCUGCAUCUCUUUCCCUUCAGUGAUUGGGUGGACCUUUGUUGAAGUCCCAAGCCGGGCUCCCCAAUGCGUCCUGGGAUACACAGAAUUUCCUGCAGACAGAGCUUAUGCUGUGAUGUUAAUUGUGGCCAUCUUCUUCAUCCCUUUCAGCAUCAUGUUGUACUCUUACCUUUGCAUUCUGAACACUGUCCGUCGGAACACCGUACGGAUCCACAACCAUGCUGAGAGUGUCUGCUUGAGUCAGGUGAGCAAACUGGGUCUAGUAGGGCUGCAAAAGCCUCAUCAAGUGAAUGUUGACAUGAGCUUCAAGACCAGGGCCUUCACUACCAUCCUCAUCCUUUUUGUUGGUUUUUCCCUCUGCUGGCUCCCGAACACAAUAUUUAGUCUGAUGUCGGUGUUCAGCCGACAGUUCUACUACAGCCCUUCUUUUUAUGUCACCAGCACCUACGUCUUGUGGCUGAGUUACCUCAAGUCAGUAUUCAAUCCUGUCAUUUACUGUUGGAGAAUCAAGAAAUUCCGCGAGGCCUGUCUGGAAUUCAUGCCGAAAACAUUUAAGAUCUUUCCUAAAGUGCCUGGACGGACAAAGAGGAGAAUACGGCCAAGCACAAUAUACGUCUGUAGCGAGCACCAAUCUGCAGUUUAGAAUUAAACCACAAUCAAGGAGAAACCAAUAUAUUUGAAACCUGGAACAACGUGUUUCUUCAGUCACUGCUCUUGUAUCACUAUUCUGCCAUUUUGUUUUAUGUACUGACUGUAAGCAAAUUUGAAUUUUAUUCAUGUUACUAGUCAUAUUACAGCACUCGCUAGACUAGUCUCACCAUAAGAAUAGCAAACAGUGUGCUCUUACCAAAUAUACUGCCAAUAACAACACUGCCUUUAUCAUUUUAUUUUCUUCUAGU